AUGGAUUUUACAUCUUCAUUCCAUGCCGUCGACAGUGAGCUAAGAGGAGCACAUCUUACUCUACCUGUGAAGUGUAUGAUCUACGGACAAGGAAGCCGAGCCUCUCUGUCAAAAGUGAUUUCCAAGCUAGGCGGGUCCAAAGCGUUUAUCAUCACCGGCAAGUCGUUGAACGAGAAGACGCCAGUUAUUAAAGAGCUGGAGGAGCAUUUGGCAGGUUCCCACGCAGGGACAUACGCUGGAGUCCGUCAACAUGCACCCGUCGCAGAUAUCGAAUCCGCAGUGGAACAAAUUAAGCAGUCUGCAGCAGACGUCCUCGUAGCUGUUGGAGGAGGAUCGCCUAUAGACGCCGCAAAAGCUGUUUCAUAUCAUAUACAUAAACAUACGGAAACAUGGAUCCCUAUCAUUGCUCUUCCAACAACCCUGAGCGUGGCGGAAAAUACCAUGGCAGCCGGAUAUACCAACGCAGAAGGGCAUAAAGUUGCUAUUCUGGAUCCCGAGAUGGCCCCGAAAGCAAUCAUAUACGAUGCCGAUAUCACUCUACACACCCCGCCGCGACUAUGGCUAAGCUCUGCUGUCCGUGCAAUUGAUCAUGCGGUUGAGCUACAAUACCACCCUCAAGCAGCCGAAGUGCCAACGAAACGGAUAUGCCGAACAGCUAUUCGAGAGAUAUUCAAACUUCUCCCGCUAUGCAAGAAAAACCCCGAAGACCCAAAAAUCCGUCAAGAGUUACAGAUAGCCGCAUAUUCCGCCCUGCCCCCGUUCUACUUCACGGCCGGAAUGGGGCUAAGCCAUACAAUUGGUCAUGUCAUUGGAGCUACAUAUGCUAUUCCGCAUGGUAUAACGUCUUGUAUAAGCCUGGCUAAAACGGUACAUUUCAAAGCAGCUAGAAAUCCAGAGGAAGCACACCAGAUUGCGAAGAUAUUGCCAUAUAUCGGUUUGACUUGCUCUGGCGACGAUUCACGGGAUGCUAAUGCUGUGGGCGAUGCUAUAGCUAAAUUGGUAGAGAGCUUGGAGCUGAAAUCUACCUUAACCGAAUUCUCCGUAAAGCCUGGCGAUGCCGAUACAAUUGCGUUACGUGCGUUGAAGGGGGAUAAAAAGGAUCCAAACUUGCCUGCAUUGUUUGAGCUUAUCCACAGUCUCUAUUAA